AUGUAUUUGCUUAGCGUUGUCCUUGCCGCCCAGCUUUCUGCUGUACUCGCUGCUCCUUGGUGUGAGGAUGGCGACGGGCGCAAACUAUGGAAUGCUUCUGGCUUCAAGUCCCUUGUUACCUUUGGGGACAGUCUCACUGACGGUGGACGUGCAGAGGCAAUGAUCCUGAACGAAGGCCAACCGCUCGAGCCAGGAACCGUGAUUCCGCAUUCAAACAACACCCCCAACGGCGGACGUAGCUGGACGAGCUAUGUAACUCAAUAUGUUGCCGAAAGUGGUACUGGCUCUUUGGAAUUGUACAACUACGCAAUCUCGGGUGCCGUUUGCAGCAGCAACAUUGUGAAUAUACAAUUCCCAGGGCUUGACUUCACCAUGCCGGGUGUCCUCGACUUCGAAAUUCCCACCUUUGAGGCCGAUAUCAAGGCAACAAUUCCCGGCACCAAUGAUCCAUUCUUCGACCCUCCUCUCGAUCGUGACUCGGCAGUCUACUCCAUCUGGAUCGGUCACAACGAUUUAGGCAAUAAUGGAUUCCUCGAGGCAAAACAGACCCCGGGCCACACGGUGACCGACUAUAUCAAUUGCGUCUAUGAGAGUCUCGACGCGCUCUACAAGCUGGGCGGCCGUUUUUUCGUCAUUGGCUCACUACUGCCUCUUGAGCUCACACCUCUCUACGCUAACGAGACCCUCAACGGCCUCGAGUCACCUGACCUAUGGCCCGAGAAGAGCGAACUCGACAGCACCGUUGUCGCCAAUAACAUCCUCUCUCUCACAAAUACAGUCAACACUGUGUUCAAAUACCAGACACCCUAUGAGCUGAAGAUCGCCAACCGCUACCCAGGAGCACACUUUGCAGUAUUUGAUGGCAACUCUGUCAUUCGAGACAUCUAUCAAAAUCCUGACGACUUUUUCAACGGCACUGCUCCUCCCAAUAUCCAGGUCCCAGCUGCCGAGUGCACAUUUGACGAUUUUGGUAUGACAGUCUGUGAGCCAACCGGCGAUGCCAUUGGUAACCUGGAUGGGUUCAUGUGGUUUGACAAUGUUCACGCAACAGAGCAGACACAUCGUGUGCUGGCCAGGGAGUUUGUGAAGGUCCUCGACGGCGAGAGCACAUACACACAAUACUACAAAUCCCCCUCUCGAAGAUCGUAUUGGGGAUUGCUCGCAUGUUAG